GCUGUUAUCUCCGCUGAGAGAAAGCUAAGCUUAACGAAUUGCACGCCCGACUGGUUUUAGAUCCGAUUCGACAAUGGAUAGUCUCGUGAUAGUUUGUUGUGGAAUGGUGUAUUCUUGAAUAUUUGAUUAUGAACAAUAAUCUGCAAAGAAUUUCUAAUAUAAUAGGAAACAACAUAAACAAAAUGAAACUGCCCCAAAAUGGAAUAGAGGGAAUGCGAAAGCACAAAACCUGGACUACGGGGCUCGCAAAUUUGUUAAGCAAUGUUCAUAAGAGCUAUUCUGGAUAAAUACAUAUUCCAACACAACAGCGCAGUAUACAUAAUAUUAAUUUUUCGAUAAACAUUUCCUGGAAGGUUUAUGCACUUGGUUUUUCUCGAAAGUAACACCCAUAAAAUAUAGCGCGGGUUUGCAAAUCCGCUCGGAGUCUUUGCGGAGCGUAUAAUGUUAUUGGCUCGAUGGAAGAGAUAUUUCGCGUUUAUAGGUUUUCCAUCACGUGAACUGGAAAAUGCUGGGAUAAAAGGUUUGCUUCGUCUUUCUUGUGUGUCUGAAAAUAGAAACCUGUAAUAAUAGUGUGUAGCACUUUGGGAACGUAUAAGCGAAGGCCUUCGCUGGAUGUUUUCCGGAGAAAUUGUUUGUAAACAUUUGCUUUUACUAUACGGAGUAUCUAGACUCAAUUGUUGCUCUUUGCGUGUAGCAGGGAAGUGUCCCGUGGGGAUUUGAUGCUGCCAGCGAGGAUUAGAUCUUCGCUACGGAUUCAUGAUGGUGUUUUGCUCAGUUCCGGUGGAUGAAUAUAAUGAGUAAUUUAUGAGUACUUUGUCAGUUUAUUGGUAGGGAGAGUAUGAUUUAAAGGAGGAAGCUACUUUGACAAUGUUAACAAAUUUGCAAGUUAAAGCGUGAAGUAACGAGUAAAAUUUAAGUAAAAUUGAGAUGGCUGUGGAUUUUUGUUCUUGCGGUUUUGAGGAAGUAACAUGUGCAGUUUUCUGCGGGCAAUUUAAACCAAUAUCACAAUCUGAAUGUUAAAUUGAAAGUUGAAGGACACUGGAAAGUAACGAUCUCCAUCGAGAAAAAAACAACAAGACCACUGCAUUGUCUUUUUAAAAUCACCGUGUGUGGACAAUAGUUAUUCAAACAGUUGUUAGUUAAAAUGGAGGGUGAGUGGCAGGCGAAACCGGAAGACGAGACGCUGGAGGAGGCGGGGGAGCAAGGGGAGCUACUCUACGAUCAGCAGCAAGAGGAUCAUGUCGAGGAGAAACCGGAAGUGAAACCGGAGUCCGACGCUCAUAGCGAAAACUGUCUAGAGAGGACGCUCCACUGCCUAAGUCACGUGCCAUGUGCGUCACUGGUCGCGUGGAUCGCUCUUCUCGUAGGUCUCGGAGGCCUCACGGGAAGUCUGCUUGUGGGCGCGCACCGGACACGUGACCUCCUGGAGGAGAAAGAGUUGUUGUGGUUCAUGGAGUACACGAUAAUCGGUGUCGUCUGCGGCAUGUUUGUGAUCGGCACGUGCCUUCUCGUGCUGGGUCACGUUUCCUCGGAGCCCAGCUGUCGGCACUGCUUCAACACCUCGGGCAAGAACACCUGCGGCCGAGUACUCAAUAUCAUGAUGCUGGUGUUGUCCUACAUUCUGUGUGUGGCCUGGGUGCUGGCCAGCGCCCUGCUCUUCAUUCCGGUCACAGGACUGGGGCUUCUCCUCUACCUGGUCGACAUCAAGAGGGUCACGCAGAUCGACCUCGCCAACUACGGUUUUAAUCAAAGGCUUAUCGUGAACGCAGAUACGGAACGAGGACUGGAAAAGUUCACUGCCCACGGCAAGGAUCUGUUGCAUUACUACGGAGCAGCAUACAUUUCUGCAGUUAUCAUCAUCAUAAGCCUUGUACAUUUCCUAAUGUGUAUAAGCGCCAACGUCACUCACCUGCGAGAAGCUCGCCUCGCCACUCUGAACGCCUACGAUGACGCUGAGGAGGCGCAUCCUCAGUCCCCGCCAAAACAGUUGAAUGACACGACCAUGUGACGUGGCAAGUGUCCAUCAACCAGCCAAUCGCAUUCAAGGAGCGAGAUUUGAUUUUGAAUUUUCUAUAUUGGCGAAUACUCUUAAUUACGUUAGUCUUAUGUGUAUGGAUCUCACUGAAACGUGCUGUCUGUAUUGCUUAAACAUGUGCAAUAAAGAAGGUAGAUGAACUUGAAAACAAGCGGGGACACAAUUGGAUUGUUCAUAGAAAAGCGAUGUCUGAAAUUGCCAAGAGAACCAAGUUUCCGUAAACUAAAGAAACUGCGGUUCCAAAAUGCGAUCAAAUACGUUAAUAAUUCUACAAAUAAUUUGAGCUCAAAAUUAAAAACGUGGAUCAAAAAGCUCUUCUUAGAUGUUUUAUUUUUAAUUCAUCAGACAGAUACCAGUUUAGUUACUUACAUUUAAGGACAGACCAGGAUAUAAAGAUGUGCGUCGUGUUUUGUAAUUCUUAUCUAGCAAUAUGCUCGAAGUUUUACUGGUAGUUAGGGAUGUGUUGUUUUAUUGUAUGCAGAAAUAUCGCGUCCAAGGGAGUUAUGUGGGUUGUUACAGUUUUCCAAAUACGACUUUAUCUUUUUUAUUAACAAAUGUGCCAUUGCAUGGCGACUAUUGAAACUGAGUGCAACUAAUUAUACCGCCGAUAUUGUUCAUGGUAUUUCACCAAACAAUACAACUAACAUGUUUAGUGUACGUCUUAAUAUACGUCACUCUAUUAUUAUAUUUUAUUAGAAUGUUUGAAGUAUAUGUUUAAUCUACUAUCUACCAUAUAUUUUUAUGUAAUUGAUGCAUCAUUGAUGUGUUUUUGGCAGCUCCUUAAAGUGUUCAUCUUAAUUGCAGUGGAGAUUUGUCAUUGCAUACAUGCCCUCAACCAAACAAACAUGUGGUUAUGAAUAUAUUCAAGACCAUUUUGCCUACCAUCGAUCAUAGAUUAGAAGAAUUGAAUACUAUUGAAUAAUAAGUAUGGGGGUAUUUUGAAUUUCCAAAAUUUUCGACGAACACAGAAUUCGUACUUAUAUCACUCAGGUCCAUUUUAAAUAACUAUAAUAUUAUUUAUGUAAAAUAAGUCAUAAGUGAUGUUGUCUAAUUAUGUAAAUGUGCUUAUAUAAACGUAGCUAGAUUUAGUUUAUUUGCACUUUUUAGUAAAUUUGCUAACACGUUUUACUUAUGUUAGAUUAUUAUACAAUAUUUAUUGUAUAAUUGUGUAUAUCCCGUCACAAAUCAUUUUGCAACAAUUCGUAACAAUUCGUAACAAUUCGUAAAUAGCUCAGUGUGUGUGUGUGUGUUUAUAACUUAAGAUGAACACAGAUAUCCUUUUUGGUUGCUGGCCAGUUUAUGGCAAUAUAUAAAAGUAUGAAAAUAUACGCUUCAUUUAAUUGUGUAUGUUAGUUAGCUUAAUUUCGUGAAUGUUUUAGCAAAUAUGGGAACAUAUUCGCUCUGUCGUAAAUUAAGAGUUACUUACAAUUAUUUCUUGUUACUUUUUAUGACCUCAAGUUUUGUUUAACUUUGUUAUAUUGCUUCAUAGAAUAUCGCAAUUAAUUCAUUGUAAUAAACAUCAUUGUCUAUA